AUGGCUGCCGUGGGCGAGGAGAGCAUCUCUAUCGAUGAGAUGAGGACCACUCCGCCGAGGCACCACCGUGGCGAUCCUCAACUCCCAACCUCCACCGCCGUGGAAAGCAAAUCCAAAGCCAGCAUCCCCCGGGGAUGGUUCGUCCCCGUCGAUCACUCUCCAACUCAUUUCCAGAAGAUUCUGGCAGAGGUGGUGGGGACAUAUAUACUGGUGUUCAUCGGAUGCGCUUCUGCCCUUACCGACAGAGUAGAGAAGGUGGGGAUUGUUGGGAUAGCGAUGGUGUGGGGGUUCGUUCUCAUGGCUGCGAUUUAUGCCGUUGGCCAUAUCUCCGGUGCCCAUUUCAACCCUGCCGUCACCCUCGCACUGGCUGCCAUCCGCCGCACCCGCUGGAAACAAGUGCCAAUGUACGUGGUGGCUCAGCUAGUGGGAGCAACGCUUGGGAGCCUGACCCUCAAAGUGUUGUUCCACAAACAAGGCAACAUUGACCCAAUAGCCACACAGUACGCCGUUACCACCUCUCAUCUCGAAGCUUUCCUGUGGGAGUUCAUCAUCACCUUCAUCCUCAUGUUCAGCAUUUGCGCCAAUGCCACCGACCACCGCGCGAGCCCAGGUCUUGCCGGCUUCGCUAUUGGCUCCACACUACUAGUCAACGUCCUGGUUGCUGGGCCGAUUACUGGGGCGUCGAUGAACCCGGCGCGAAGCAUAGGCCCAGCGGUGGCAUCGGGAGUGUAUACAAAUCUGUGGCUCUACAUUUUGGCGCCUCUUCUUGGAGCUUUGUUCGCGGCCAUGGUCUACAGUGGACUUCGAGUACCCAUCCCAAAUCACCACAAUACUACUGACCAACCACCCAAUUAA